GGGUAUAUAAGAAGCAGAGACACCUCUGUAUCAUCCGAAAUUGAAGGGUGAGAGGUAUUGGAUCAGAAACUGUAGAUGGAGGAGAAUCUGAUUCAGAGAUUAGAAUCGGCGGUUGCUCGCCUGGAAGCGCUUUCUACUGGAUUCCAUCAGCCGGGUUCCUCUAACGUUGAUGUAGAUGCUCCGGUCGACGCGACAAUUGUCGCUUACGACGACAUGACAGCGCAGUACCUUUCUAAGGUUUCUGCUGCUGCGGAGAAGAUUGGUGAACAAGUUCUUGAUGUGACUAAGAUUGUAGAGGAGGCAUUCUCUGUUCAGAAGGAGCUUCUCAUCAAUGUCAAGCAAACUCAGAAGCCCGGCCCUGCAGGCCUUGCAGAAUUUCUCAAGCCAUUGAAUGAAGUGAUAACUAAAGCUAAUGCUUUGACAGAGGGCAGGCGAUCUGAUUUCUUUAAUCACUUAAAGACUGUUGUUGACAGUCUAACAGCUUUGGCUUGGAUUGCCUACUCAGGCAAAGAUUGUGGUAUGAGCCUUCCUAUUGCGCAUGUGGAAGAAAGUUGGCAGAUGGCUGAAUUCUAUAGCAAUAAGGUUCUUGUUGAGUACAAAACAAAAGACCCAAAUCAUGUUGAGUGGGUGAAAGCUCUGAAGGAGCUGUAUCUAUCUGGUUUGAGGGAUUAUGUUAAGAGUUUCUACCCUCUGGGUCCAGUGUGGAAUCCCAGUAGUAAAACAGCGGUUUCUGCUCCUGUUUCCACAAAAGCUUCUCCACCGAGUGCCCCUGCCCCUCCACCUCCUCCACCAGCUUCUCUUUUCAGUUCUGAAUCUUCUAGUGCAUCAUCAUCACGUCCAAAGGAGGGGAUGGCUGCUGUUUUUCAAGAAAUUAAUGCAGGAAAAUCUGGCACAUCAGGUUUGAGAAAGGUAACAGAUGAUAUGAAGACAAAGAACCGUUCAGAUAGAACUGGUGUUGUUACCAGCGGUGAAAAAGAAGCUCACGUUGGUUCCCCUUCCUUCUCUAAAACAGGACCUCCAAAAUUGGAGCUUCAAAUGGGUCGCAAAUGGGUAGUUGAGAACCAAAUUGGAAAGAAGAACUUGGUUAUUGAUGACUGUGAUGCAAAACAGUCUGUGUAUGUUUUUGGGUGCAAAGAUUCUGUUUUGCAAGUCCAAGGAAAAGUGAACAAUAUAACUGUUGACAAAUGCACAAAGACAGGAAUUGUGUUCAAGGAUGUUGUAGCAGCUGUUGAGGUUGUGAAUUGCAACGGUGUUGAGGUGCAAUGUCAGGGUUCAGCGCCUUCAAUUUCAGUGGAUAACACAGCAGGCUGUCAAUUAUAUCUGAACAAAGAUUCUUUGGAGGCAUCUAUAACAACAGCCAAGUCAAGUGAAAUCAAUGUAUUGGUGCCUGGUGCUGGUCCUGAUGAUGAUUGGGUGGAGCAGGCAUUACCGCAGCAGUAUGUUCAUGUGUUUAAGGAUGGACAAUUCGUAACAUCUCCAGUCUCUCACUCUGGUGCGUAAUAUAGAAGUAAUACUGGGUUCCUACCUUUUCAGUAUUUUAUUUGCACGGAAGGUAGAGAAGCGGCUCUAGGGAUUGGAUUUUCUUGAUUCAUUUGAGGUUGGUAUUUAUGCAUGGCUUGUAUUUGUCAUCUGUUGGUUAACAUUGUCAUUAUUCUUUUGACUUUCCCGCUGUUGUAUCAAUUAGUAUUUGUAUCCUUCAUGGCCUUGACUGUGUUCGGUUUUGUGAGUCAUUGUCUCAGGUUUUUUUUCAGUUUUGUGGCAUUAAUAAACUUUGCUGUUUUGGGGUUGAU